AUGACAACAAUAAAAAUCCCAUUUACUAAAGAAAGUAUCCGACAAAUUCCUGCCAAGGACUUAAACGCAGGAACCAAAGGAGUAGAGUUAGAAGUCCAAACUAAUUUCUUAGUGUCGCAAAUUUGCUCCAUAGAUAAAGCCGUUGGUAAUCCAACUGACGGUUCUUUUGAAAAAAUUUCUUUUGUCUUUAAGGAUGAUGCUGAAAAAGCUUAUUAUGAUGCUCUUUUAGAUAGCAAAAGUCAAAAUUUUGAGUUGAGUUUUGAUAAAGACAAAGUUUUUUUAAUGGUCUUUGGCUUUGGAAACUUUAUUGACAAAACUAAACCCGAAGUCCAAGUUAGUCCCGGACAUAAAAGCAUGGUAGUAUUUUUUGAGUCUAAAUUUACUGGGAUAAUUACUCUGGAAA